CGUAGCUACUGCAGCUACACACUGUAGUUUAGUGGUUCGGAUGUGAAUUAUUAGCUUCUUGCCCAAUCGUCUUAAUGAGGCCCAUGAUCUAGACCAGCUGCGAUGGACUGCCUCGAGAGAAGAAUCGUUAUACAGAUUGCGGUAAGCGCAGCCUCGCCUCUGAAGGGGCGGUCAUGUCGAUCCCAACUCAUUCAGCUCGCGCAAAUGGAGCAGAGAUUCACUUCAACCGCGCAAACGCCCCGCCAACGCCACGCUACAAUAACACAACCCCCUUAGCACCACA